AUGAUCCGACGAGCUGUUCGCUGGCUGCUCGGCCACGACGAACCUCGCGAUCCCGAGAAGCAGCAGCAGCAGCAGCAACAACACCAGACCCUUCACGCGGCCGACAUGUACCCCGACGGCAUCGCCGCAUCGCGGGAUCCAGAGAAUGAGCAUCACCACCACCAACACCAACACCACCAGCCGCCGCCCCCGCCCAACGACGGCAACAACCCGCGCCGCCUCAGCGUCAUCCCCACCUCCGAGGCGGCACUGGUCCCGCCAACGGACAAGCUACUCGUCUUCCGAUCGCUCACAGGCAUCGACACGGUCCCCACGCUCAGCACCUCGGGCCACGCCUCGCGCGCGGCGCCCAACCACGGCAUCUACCCGCGGGUUGUGCGCGCCGAGCGCAAGGCCAAGCGCGGCUACCGCGUCUUCAACGUCGCCAUCAACGCCUGCCUGGGGAUCCAGAUGAUUGUCGCGGCCACGCUGACGGCCCUGGGCGCGGCCAACGGGUCGCGCGCCGCCGUGACGGGCUUCGGCGCCAUCAACACCAUCAUCGCGGGCAUCCUGACGUACCUCAAGGGCAGCGGGCUGCCGAACCGCCUCAAGUUCGUGGCCGACGAGUUCCGCGCCGUCCGCGAGUACAUGGAGCAGCGCGAGCGCGAGUUCUGUCUCGCCGACUGCCCGCUCAACCCCUACGAGGAGGUGCAGAUCGUCGACGACAUGUACGGCGCCGCGAGGCAGAACUCCGACAACAAGCAGGGCCAGGGCGGCGGCGGCGGGCAGAGGGGCGGCGGCGUCGUCGCCGCGGCGCAGCACCAGCAGGCGAACAUGGCAGCGGCGGCGUCGUCGGGGCUUGGCCACCUUGUGCAGCGCUUCUCCAAGUUUACCGACUCGUCGGCUUCCACAAAGGUACCACCACCUCAAUGCCACUGCGAGAAACAGUCCGUGAAGGAGUAGUCAACCACGUGGCCGUAUGCUGUUCACCAUUCUGAAAAGCGUCUCGCUGUUGAUGGUCAAGAUGAGCUUGGGGAGAGGAAGUACGGUAUGAGCCUGUGGCACGGGGCAUGGGUGGUUCCUGCUCGGCAUUGUGCAUGGGACGCCUGAAUCUGGAAGCAGGAUGGGCAUUAAUAUAUCCGGAAAUCUAAUGUGUUGAUGAAUAUGAAGGUAAAUAGUAAUAAUGUUGAGC